AUGCUCUCGCAAUUUUCUUCCUGUUCUACCAAAACUCAUCUAGCUGCGGUCCAUCGCGUUCUCCGCUAUCUCAAGGGCACCCUCGAUUGGUCACUCUUUUACCCCAAAACGCAACCAACUGCACUCAUCGGCUACAGCGAUGCAAGCUAUGCCUCCGACAUCGACGAUCGCCGCUCAUUCACCGGCCAUUGCUUCAUGCUAGGGGAAGCUCUCAUCUCCUGGCGCUCUUACAAGCAACGAUCCAUCGCCACUUCCAUAACUGAAGCGGAAUACCUGGCCCUUUCGGACACCAGUCGACAACUGAUCUGGUUAAGGAAUGCGAUCCACGAGUUGGAACGAAAACUGAAUCUCUCUUUCAUCCUUCGCGUUGACAACAACGGCUCUCUCUCUUUGGUCAAGAAUCCCAUCUUUUAUAAAAGGUCUAAAUAUAUUGACGUACAUUUUCAUUUUGUUCGGGAACGGUUUGAGGAUGAAUUAUUUGAACUGGAAUAA